CCCCCCCCGUAGUCCCAGUUGUGUUCCCUGGAAGAGCAACCGGGACCAGCAAGAAGCCGGGACCUCCCCCUCGUUCCAGGAACUGCCGCGCAGUGGGCACUUCAGCCCUGGAGGCCGUGAGCCCCACCCGGGUGCAGGCGGCUGCGCGGCUUCAGCACCACGGACAGCGCUCCGUCCGCAGCCCUGGUGUCAGCGAGGCUACGCGCUAUGCUGGCGGCAUGGCCCGGCGCUACAACUCUAUGGCGCUGCUAUUCAGCUUCGGCCUACUUUGGCUGUGCUCAGGGGUAUUGGGUACUGACACUGAGGAGCGGCUAGUGGAACAUCUCUUGGAUCCCUCCCGCUAUAACAAGCUCAUCCGGCCAGCUACGAACGGCUCUGAGCUGGUGACUGUACAGCUCAUGGUAUCAUUGGCCCAGCUCAUCAGUGUGCACGAGCGGGAGCAGAUCAUGACCACCAACGUCUGGCUGACCCAGGAGUGGGAAGAUUAUCGCCUCACAUGGAAGCCAGAAGACUUCGACAAUAUGAAGAAAGUCCGACUCCCUUCCAAACACAUCUGGCUCCCAGAUGUGGUUCUAUACAACAAUGCUGACGGCAUGUACGAAGUCUCCUUCUAUUCCAAUGCUGUGGUCUCCUAUGACGGCAGCAUCUUUUGGCUACCACCUGCCAUCUAUAAGAGUGCAUGCAAGAUUGAGGUGAAGCACUUCCCGUUUGACCAGCAGAAUUGCACCAUGAAGUUCCGCUCAUGGACCUACGACCGCACUGAGAUUGACCUGGUGCUCAAAAGCGAUGUGGCCAGCCUGGACGACUUCACACCCAGUGGGGAGUGGGACAUCAUCGCACUGCCAGGCCGACGCAACGAGAACCCAGACGACUCCACCUAUGUGGACAUCACCUAUGACUUCAUCAUUCGUCGCAAACCGCUCUUCUACACCAUCAACCUCAUCAUCCCCUGUGUACUCAUCACCUCGCUGGCCAUCCUGGUCUUUUACCUGCCCUCAGACUGUGGUGAAAAGAUGACACUUUGCAUUUCCGUGCUGCUGGCACUCACCGUGUUCCUGCUGCUCAUCUCCAAGAUUGUGCCUCCCACCUCCCUCGACGUACCGCUGGUGGGCAAGUACCUCAUGUUCACCAUGGUGCUGGUCACCUUCUCCAUCGUCACUAGCGUGUGUGUGCUCAAUGUACACCACCGCUCGCCUACCACGCACACCAUGGCACCCUGGGUCAAGGUGGUCUUCCUGGAGAAGCUGCCCACCCUGCUCUUCCUGCAGCAGCCACGCCACCGUUGUGCACGUCAGCGCCUGCGCUUGCGGAGGCGCCAGCGGGAGCGUGAGGGCGCAGGCGCACUUUUCUUCCGUGAAGGCCCUACGGCUGACCCAUGUACCUGCUUUGUCAAUCCCGCAUCAGUGCAGGGCUUGGCUGGGGCUUUCCGGGCUGAGCCCACUGCAGCCGGCCCGGGGCACUCAGUGGGCCCAUGCAGCUGUGGCCUCCGGGAAGCAGUGGACGGCGUUCGUUUCAUUGCGGACCAUAUGCGAAGUGAGGAUGACGACCAGAGUGUGAGGGAGGACUGGAAAUACGUUGCCAUGGUGAUUGACCGCCUGUUCCUCUGGAUCUUUGUCUUUGUCUGUGUCUUUGGGACCAUCGGCAUGUUCCUGCAGCCUCUCUUCCAGAACUACACUGCCACUACCUUCCUCCAUCCUGACCACUCAGCUCCCAGCUCCAAGUGAGGUCUCACUCAUUUGCAGCUCCUCAGCCCAUGACCCCUGGGGUUCAGUAGUAUUGGGUGGAAGAUGGAUCUGUCCCCACCCCACUGAAGCCUGCUUCACACCUCCAUUCACACACAGCCCUCCAGCCUGGAGGUUGGGCCAGCUGCCUCAUGUUCAAGCGUUCUCCUUCCCCUCUGAGCUUAUUUAAGCCGUAGUGUUAAUGGUGGGGGCCAAGGCUGUUAAGUAGAGGCCAGAGAUCUCAGAGCCACCAACCCUGUUGAGGGUGUUGGAGAAGGGUCCAAAAAAGGGACAGAGUUAUCUAUGGCCUCCAAGUCAUGAGAGAAGAGGAGGUAGGAUGAUGGGUUCAGAUUCUGCAGCCAGGCUGACAGUGGUUUCUCCUGAGAUAGAAGGUGCUGGCAGGGCAUGACUAGUAUUUGUUACCUGGACAACAACUGGACAAAACUGCAAUUUUAGGGAGUCCUCUUGUGAGCUCCUACAAUCUCCUAGGAAGCUUCAAUUCAGUCUCACAGCCUGUGCCUCAGGGGGCUCCAGAACCCAGCUCCAGGUUCCCUUCUGCCAGUGCAGAAUUUUCUGCACUCUUAGAUUUUCCUCUCUUUCUUUUCUCACUUGGAAAAGGUGAGGUGUUGGGGGAACCUUGGAAGAUCAAUAGCUAGGUGAGAAGUCUAGGCUCACAGUCUCAGAAGAACAUUUACAGAGCUGGAUUCUAGUGGGAGCCAUGUUACAGAUUCAGAACAGGCCUGGAAGGUGGGCCCCUUUCUCCUUGCCCCAAGGGCAUAGACUGCUUAAAGAACAGAAGUGACAGACAUCUGAACUGCCUCAGUGCAUUCCCCAGCUGUCAAAUGAACUCAUGGGCACCUCUGCCUGGUAACUGGAGGGACCUCCUAAUAGAAAAGAAAAUUAAAGGCUACCUGUAUAAGGCCUCUCCCUGACCCCCACCCCAUAAACUUCCAGCCCCUGAGAAAGCACCCUGAAGUCAUAAGCAGCACCUGGAUAGGUAUUGCCCCUCUGGAGGGUAGCACCAGUGUGGGGUUUCCAGCCUCUGUGAGACCCCACUAGCUGCUGCUAGGACUGCCCUUGACUUUACUACCUCCUGUAACUGGCUGUUGUCCAAAUUAGUCACCAGCCAGGACUGGAAAGAUCAGUGAGCAGUUUGUCCAACUCCUUUCCAUGUCCUGUUGAACAUAUCAGGCAAAUAGUGCCCAUCUUAGAACCUGCUUCCAGCAUUUACACUGUGGGAAUAGAGGUAGGUGGGGCUGUGCUAGCAGGAAGGGACCCAUACUUGUGGAAGAUCAUGGGACAGUGCUGUUCUUGCCAUUUUUAGUGCAGCCUUUGGAGGAAGACUGCAGUGGGGGAGGGCUAUCAUGUGUCAGGACAGUGUGAACCCUAAAGGAUACUGGGAGGUUUUGAGGAAACUCAGCCCAUACCACUUUGGGGCCUUCUGUCUCUAUUUGUGCCUCCUCCUAUGUGGAACUGUCUCUAGAGAGAAUCAGGUACCUGGUUUGGUGAGCCUGGAUGAGAACCUGGGACAGGGUGGCAUGGUAGUGGCAGUGACAAAAGGUGUUGGAGAUUCAUAUCAGUGACUAAGCUCCAGUAACCUGGCAGCCAUCUUUGCCUGGGAGGAUGGUUCAUAGGCUCCCUGCCUCUGUGGAGACCUGCAAGUCUGGAGCAGCUGGUGCCAAGAGUGUGGAAAGCUGAGAACAGGACACAGGACCCUCCUGAUGGUUCUUUUUGGAGAAGAUUGAAGGGGAAGAAAAGGACUUUCUUGUAAGGAACAAGGACAAUAGUGGACUGGCCACUGUGCCUAUGCUCUGGACUCCGUCUCACAGUCCUGAAUUGUUCCCCAAGAAGAGUGACAGGUCUUCCUGUUGUCACCUUCUGCUUUCUGCUUCUAGGCAGAAGGGGCUGUUGAGUUCAACAUGCAUUGGCCAGCUUCCCACUCACCAACUGGUCAGCACAAGUGUCACUUUGUCAUAAUUAUCUCAUCAUGUCUGAGAAGUCUGUCAGUGUGCUGGUCACAUGCUUUCCAAAGGACUAACACUUUGGGAACUGGUUGGACACCUCACCCACCCACCUUCAGCAUACCGUCCUAGGCACAGCCUUGUCUCCACUCCUAGAAUAUUUUCCAUGGUCCACCCCCCCCUCCAACUUACUCCCCCUUAGCUGGACUUGUUUCUGUUAAAAUUAUUUCCAAAUA